AAGUUCAUUUCCUAAAUCCCACAGAACAAAUGUACCCAAACGCUCUCUAUCUCUAUCUCUAUCACGCUCACGCUCACGGAGCUUCUUGACCUUUAAGCGGACCGAGCUGACCAAUUAGAAGCUGCCAGAGCAUAAGGGAUAACGGACACUUCAUAGCAGCUCUCCGAUCUAUUUGGGAUUUGAUCAUAUCUUAGCAAGAGAGGCCGGUAGAUUUCAGACGCCACUCCGUUUCUAGGGCUUAUCGGAAAUUUUGAAUUUGAAAUUCAUCAUCGUUUUCUCACUAUAUAUAUUAGUAGUCUCCGGAAGGUUGGACGGUGUCUCUCGCACUCCGUUCCAAUUUCCUGGUGAAAUUUGCCGGUGCUUUCCAUCAAAUUUUUUCUGCGAUUGAGUUUUUCUUUGCUUGUACUCCACGAAUUCUCCAGUUUAAGGGAAAUUUGGAUACUCCGGAGAAAGGCGAAGGGAACAACAGCAGGGAAGAAGGGCGUAAGACUGAUAGCAGAAAUCGAAAGGCAAUGGCGACUAUGGUGGAGCCUCCGAAUGGGAUCAAGCCUCAAGGGAAGCAUUGUUUCCGGCUGUGGCAGACAUUGUUUGAGAUCGACACCAAAUAUGUUCCGACCAAACCCGUAGGCAAAGGAUCCUAUGGGAUCGUCUGCUCUUCCUUUAACACAGAAACAAAUGAGAUAGUUGCCAUUAAGAAGAUCAAAAAUGUGUUUGAGAGUCAGACUGAUGCACUGAGGAUGUUGAGGGAGAUGAUCCUGUUGAGGCACAUCAAGCACGAAAAUGUAAUUGCUUUGAAGGAUGUUAUGAUGCCGACCCACCGGAAAAGCUUCAUGGAUGUUUAUCUUGUUUAUGAACUCAUGGAUACCGAUCUGCAUCGCGUCCUUAGGUCCUCUCAACCUCUUUCCCGUGACCACUGCCAGUUUUUUCUUUGUCAGCUGCUUCGGGGGCUGCGGUAUCUUCACUCAGCAAAUAUUCUUCAUCGUGACCUAAAGCCAGGCAACCUCCUCAUCAAUGCGAACUGCGACCUGAAGAUAUGUGAUUUUGGACUAGCGCGUACCAGCAGAGGUGAGGAAGAGUUCAUGACGGAGUACGUUGUCACCCGAUGGUACCGUGCUCCAGAGCUUCUCCUCGGCUCUGAUACUUACGGAGCAUCCAUUGACGUCUGGUCUGUUGGAUGUAUUUUUGCUGAAAUCCUUGGCCGGAAGCCUAUCUUCCCUGGAACCGAUUGCCUUGACCAGCUUAAACUAAUAAUCAGUGUUCUUGGGAGUCGGCAGGAAGCUGAUCUAGCAUUCAUUGAUAACCCAAAAGCCAGGACAUUCAUCAGUUCAUUACCUUAUACGAGAGGAAUCCCAUUUGUGCAGUUGUAUCCGGAGGCGGAUCCUCUAGCGAUAGAUUUGUUAGAGAGAAUGCUUGUGUUUGAUCCGUCAAAGAGGAUUACUGCUGCAGAAGCUCUCCAACACCCAUAUAUGUCAGACUUGUACGAUUCGAGUUGCGAUCAUCCAGCACCUACCCCACUCGAUCUUGAGAUAAAUGAAAAUUUGGAGGAGCGGGCUAUGAGGGAGAUGAUGUGGAGAGAGAUGCUUCACUACCAUCCUGAGGUUGCUGCCGUUGGUAGUAGUUGACAGGUUUUGAUAGUCUUCGUUAGCUUUUUUUUUUUACCAUCGAUGCGGUUUCUCUUAACUUGUAAAAAGUAUUGUUGAAAUUUUUAUGCAGUUUAGAAGUUGAUUUCUUUUAUGUACUCUGAUGAUGUACAGAUCCUCAAGAAAUGCUGUUUUGAUGUUAGUUUUU